AUGAAUAUCAUCUUUAAAUAUACCUUUUUAUCUCUUUGCAUUGUGAACCUCCUUGAAAACCUAAAUGCUGUGGAAUUUGUAAUGGAAAGAGUCGAAAUAGAAAGUAUUAAUGACAAAUACUUAAAAAACGUAACAGCCACCGUUAGAAAAUAUUCCAGAAGGGGCAAUGCGUACUUCAACCUAUGCGGGGAGAACUUGCAUCCGUGGACGAACAAUGUUACCAUUUCUAUAAAAUUUCAAGAAUUCCUUCACAAUGAGUACAGACCGUCUUUUAUAGAAUUAAACUACAAAUGGUGCGACUUCCUUGAAUCACCAUUUUUAAAUCUACGGAAAGCGUUCGGAUUAGUUUGUCCUUUUGUACCUAAAUAUUACGCUGUGAACAAUAUAUCUAUAUUUACUGGUAAUAUUCCAAACUUUCCCAUGAAGCGUGGAAGGGUAUACAUCAUCGUCGGGUUGACUGAAAAACGGGAGACUUUCGGUUCUGGAUACUUGUACGCUACGUUUAAAUAA